ACAGCACAGCACAGCACCUGAAGCAAGUUCAGGUAGUCGGUUCAAUCGGCAAUAGUAAUCCGACCUGUCGCUUGAGAUUCACGAUAGUAUGCAGUGGAAAGCGACCCCUUACAGGUUACUGACCUAACCAACGUGUGAGCGCAGCACGAUGUGUCCGCCUCGGACAUGUCACAGUUGCAUUCUCGGGAAAGGCCUUUCUAUAGCGAGGUGAAAUUUGACAUCGGAGGCAUAUCCGGUAACUUCUUCUGGCAAAUCCGGGUUGAAAAUGUGGAGCUCUGUGAACUGAAAUGGUGGAGUUCAUGCCUUUACUGACGCGGGUACAGUACUCGAGUUGCAAAGUCAAAGCCCGCGAGCAAACAGGGCCAGGGCUACCAGCGAAGGUUGUGCUCGGUGGAGGAGUAGGUACCGUGCUAACGGUAACGAAUCCGAGCCCGUGAUCUCUCGUAUUCAUGGAGACAGCGGCGGAAGGUCGUCGUCGUCAGUGACAGUCGUCAAGUCAAUGAGUCCAUCAAUCAAUCAAUCAUAGCUCGCUCUCCUUCGACCGUCUCUUGCGCGUGGGCACGAAUCGGGUUUCCUCACUCGACCUAACUCAACUCAUCAUCAGCUCAGAGGUCGGUCGGUCGGUCGGUUCCAUCCAUCGCCCCGUCCUCAGUCACACCGCAUGAACAAACGAAUUGCCGAACGACGGAACGAAUCAAUGUGUCGGGCCCGAGAGGAUCAUCUUGUCGAUGGAACGAGCACAUUACAGAACAUUGCGGUGGUAGUGGGACGGACAGCGUGCUAAUCGAUGAAUGUCGAUAGAUUACAGUUUCCCCUUCUUGCGGGCGUAAUUAACCGAAAAUAGGCAGGCGCCGAAAGUAUAAGAGCUUCGUAACUUCGUAUUCCGAUCGAGAGCGUGCGUGCGUGCGUGACAUAGAGCGGGGCAGAAAGGGGAGCGUCCGAGACGUUGAGCUUCGAACUGGAGCGGGCGCGCGGGCGGGACGGCGGGGACAAGGCGCGAGCUGGUGGGUCGAGAGACGUUGCGCGGCCUGAAUUGGACCUCUGCUCGAGAGGCGCUCAUCCUCGUCGUUCGGAUCGGGGGAGCAGAGGAGCAGGGCGUUUUGUUGAGACCGAGACGACGGCGGUCGAUCAUCUGCAGAAUUGAAUUGGACCAGCCUCGUGGGGAUCCAUCAUCUUCUUGGCGGACAGGAGAGUGGGAGGGUGGCUGAUCGAGCAUCGUUGUUACAGAGGACACACUCUUCCAACAGGUUCAUUUGUUCCAUGGUACGAAGGGAGGAGGGCCAGUGAUCAGGGUUCCGGGCGGGUAGAAGUCGGUGACAAUGACGACGAGAUCGGGCGCAAGUACGGCGUGCUUGGCGCUGACGCUUGGCUAUGGGUUGGUGCUGAUGAUGGUGAGUCCGGUAGUAUGCGACAGGCAUGCGUCGGAGUGGGCAGUGGGCGGGGACGAUUGCUUGUACGAGAGCAGGGAGGCGUGUACGAGGGCGGAUGUGGCCGGUUGCGUUUGGUGCGAUUUGCCUCGGCGAUGUUACUCGGAAGCGCGCUCCCUGGAGCUCGGAGAGUUUUGCAACCGCAAGAAGGUGAAGCCUUUCGUGGAGUAUACGACGUGCGACGAGGUGCAGGACCAGCAUCGCUGCGAGCACACCGUGGGCUGUCGAUGGUGCAAGAGCGAGGCGGUGGACGACGGUUGUUUCCUCGACAUCGAGGCCUUGCGAUUACCCAAGCACAUCUUCACUUGUCCUGCCAUCGAUUCCAAAUCGGGCAUCGUCAAUGUCAUCGGCAUAGGCAUGUAGAAGUCCGGCCGUCAACUUACUCAUUUUCACCAUGAUUACAAUGGUCAUCGAGAGAAGGUUUCUUAACUUUGGAGCAAGCGACGCACCUGAUUAGCCGCAAUCGAGUUGGCAGUGCUGAGUUCCCAGUAACAUGAUAAAUUGCCCCGAUGGUUCUAGUCGGGUAGGUCAAGAAUGUCAGGUUGUCUAUCGAGCACCGAGGGGUAUCGAGUAAGUGAGAUCGAACGACGUGAGCAGAUGAUUUACUCGAAUGCCGAGUCCACCCCGGGCUGUCAUCCUGCCGAGGACUGCGAGGACUGCGAGGAUCGGUUCUACUAAGGAGAAGCGCGCAGCUCUUGGCUGCGAUCAUUCAAUUCCAGGCUUCCAGGUCGGUCGUCAUUAUUGGUCGCAGGAAACAGAUCAGAGCACGAGGUGUAAGUAUGCCGUGUAGUUUGAAAGAUUGCCGCCUGUCCCAUCUGUUUCAAAGUUCUUACAGUUACCGCUUCUCUGCCGAAACACGCAAAAUUCGAUCGAGGAUUGUAGAGCAAUGUUGGACGCCACGUUCCUCUUUCUGUAAAAACUGCACUGCUAUCUUGCCCGCCCAGCAUGGGCAGUGAGGAAUUGUCGCUGUACUUACUUGAGUCAAGAGUCCGGUAAUAUCACCACAACUGUAAGAUUCGGGUAUCCUUUGUUUAUAGUGCGAACCUUUGACUGGAAA